UUUGUUUUUUUUUUCUGCACACACUUUAUUAUUACAUCUUUGUAAUUUAUUUAUUUAUUUAUUUCCCACUAUUUCUUUUUUUCAUUAUUAAAGAAAUCAAAUUAUAUUCAAAAUGGUUAUCAUUGGCACUCAAGAAAAAUGUACUGCUUGUACAAAGACUGUAUAUUUAACAGAAAAGAUUGUUGUAGAAGAUAAAGAAGAUAAGAAAAUUUUCCACAAAUUAUGCUUAAAAUGCUCACACUGCAAACUUACUCUCAGUCUUGGUAACUAUGCCUCAAUGAACGGUGUUUUCUUCUGUAAACCACAUUUCAAACAACUUUUUGCCACCAAAGGUAACUAUGAUGAAGGUUUUGGUAACACUAAACACACAGAAAAAUGGACUCCACAAGCCACCCCAACUGGUAACACUCAAUUCAUUAAAGUAGAAGAAACCAAAGUCACAAGUUCAGAUAAAAAAGAAACUCCAUCAGGUAUUGCCAGUAGAUUCUCAGGUAGUCUUGAAAAAUGUGAUGUUUGUUCAAAGACUGUUUAUAUUACUGAAAAAGUUGUUAUUGAAGACAAAGAAGAUAAAAAAGUUUUACAUAAACAAUGCUUAAAAUGUACACAUUGUCAAGUCACCCUCAACCUUGGUACUUAUGCCUCAAUGAAAGGUGUUUACUAUUGCAAACCACAUUUCAAACAACUCUUUGCCACCAAAGGUAACUAUGAUGAAAGCUUCGGUAAUGCCAAACACACCGAAAAAUGGAAUCCAUCCGUCAACACUGCCCCAAGUUCAUUCAUCCCAGUUGAAAAAGCCAACAACACCGAAAAGAAUACCAACCAAAGUUCAAACCCAGAAUUAGCCAAAAAAUUCGGUAGUGCUAAUAACUCUGAAAAAUGUUCAUCAUGCCAAAAAUCUGUCUAUUUAACUGAAAAAGUUGUCUUAGAAGAAACUGACAACAAACGUAUUUUCCAUAAAGCUUGUCUCAAAUGUAGCAAAUGUAACGUUAUUUUAACUCUUGGAACCUUAGUUCAAUUAGAAGGUAUCAUUUUCUGUAAACCACAUUUCAAAGAACUCUAUGCCACCAAAGGUAAUUUAGAUGAAGGUUUUGGUAAACCAAAACACUCUGAAAAAUGGGAAAACAAUCCAUUCCCAUACCUUGAAAAAGAUUCAAACUAUGUUCCAUCUGUAGAAAAAGUUGAACAACAAAUCCAAUCAAACACCUCAAGCGAAGCUGAUGUAGACAGAUUCAGAAAUAUUAAUAAUGAUGAUAGCGUUUCAGAAAAAUUAAGAGAAACUCACGUUAGCGAACCAGAACCAGUUGAAGAAGAAACUAAAGCUGAAGAACCAGUUGAAGAAGAAACCAAAGUUGAAGAACCAGUUGAAGAAGAAAUCAAAGUUGAAGAACCAGUUGUUGCUGAAGAAGAACCAGUUGAAGAACCAGUUGCUGUUGAAGAAGAAACCAAAGUUGAAGAACCAGUUGCUGCUGAAGAAGAAAAAACUGAAGAACCAGUUGUUGCUGAAGAAGAAUCAAACGAGUAAACUAAUCACUUUGCUCCAAAAAAAAAAAAAAAUCAAUUAACAAAAAUUAUUUAUUUAUCUUUUUUUUUCUAUUUAUAUAAUAUAUAUUUUGGAUCUAAAAAGAUCAAUGUAUUUUUAUAUAUAUAAUUAUAUAUCUUAAAUUAAAUAAAACAACGUGUAAUUUUAAAACUAAAAUAUUUAGAAGAAAAAAAAAAAAAUUAAUAUAUUUAAAAUAUUUUGG